AUGGAGUCUGGCGUGUCUGCUGCUUUAUCACUCGGGGCUGAAGCUAUAAAAAAGUUGAACGGCUUGCUGGAGGACAAGCAAACAGCAAAGGCUUGGUAUGGUGAUGUUUAUGAUUUGUUUACUAGCAAUCAAUGGCGCUUCUGGAAUGGGCGUCGGAUUAAUCGUGUUUUCGUCAUCAAGAAAGAGGACUGGGUACCCGUGAUAAGGAAGUGGCUUCCUCAUACCAACGGAGAAUGCUCUUGGCUUCAUAUUUAUUGGGCGAUACAUGAAAGUCGACUGAAGCAUAAUAAAUUUAAUAAACUCCGUCUCUAUUCAGGUUUAUUGGAAAUACCGUAUCUUGAGAGUGCCAUGUCAUCUCUCUCGUCUAUCGGCUCUAUUUCCUCUUUGCCAGCAGCUAAUCUGGACUCCUGGGGUUUGAUAGUCCUGGCAUUGGCAAAUGGAGCAGAUGUGGACUAUGAGGAUUCCGGGAAAGGAGGCUUUGUUGCGUCUUUGGAGGCCCGGAAUUUUAUUAUCACGAUUCAACGGGACAAUGUUGCCACGCAAAUGACAGGACACCUCGAGCCUAGGGAUCAUCCAGAACCGGGUUGUCGAGUGAUCUCCGAACAAAAAUGGACCAACCUCCUGUGGUAUGGACAUACAUUUGAGGAAGAUGACCCUACCAUGAGCUGGCCUCGUAUUAACGAGCAAGGAGGACCGCCUGAAGAUCUGGUGGAUGGCAAACUUGACGCGGCGCUCCAUAAUACGGUCAUGGAUGAUGCUAGACGAAAAGUUCUUGCAGACAAGCUUCGUGGAUGCAUACGUGAAUGUCAUAACGCUUGGGAAGAGGUGGAGAAGGAAAUUGGACUAUUUGAUUAUGGUGAUGCAGCUGAAAUCGAUAUGAUCAAGGAAAACCUCAGGAAGAAGAAAGUUAUACUAUGUGAUGAUAGGAAAACAGAUUUCGCCUUAGAACAAACCCCUCAAGACACCUGUGACUAUGCACACUCGCAGCUGGACCAGGCGGAAAAAUAUAAGGGAAAAUUCAGGCGGGGAGAUUUGGUGAAAAUGCAUAAAGAAGUUUAUGAUACUCCACAAAAGUAUAAGUACCAGAUCACGGGGCAUAAACAUCGCCUUGGCAUAGCUCUGCAGACCGACCAAACUGUCAAGGACAUGUGA